GCGCCUCGAUUCGUGAGCAUGCUGAUGCUGUGAGCGUCGGGGGCCUCGGGAAGUUUGAGCUUCGAUUCGAGCGGGGCGGGCCGAUUCGAAGCGAUGGCUGCGGCGUCCGUCGGAGCUAGCGUGACGCGCGCUGUCGCACCUCGCUGCUCCUCGUCGCCGAAUUCUUCGUCCGUUCCAGCGUUUGCGCGCAAUGUGGGCUUCGGAAGGUCUUCCAGUUGGGGCGCAGUGCAUCUUGAGCGAAUUCCUGUGACAUCCAGAAACGCCAGGACUCUGCACCCGUGCGGCUUGGCAGUCGCAUCUAUGAGGGAUGCGGAACAACUGGUGCAAUCAGGAGUUGUCCGCAACGUGGGGCCAGAGGAAGUGUCAGCCCUUCUGUCCCAGGGAGGAUACAAGAUGUUGGACGUCCGGCCCAUGUGGGAGCGAGAGAAGGCUUAUGUGGCUGGUUCGUAUCAUGUCCCUCUCUUCAUUGCAGACGAGAGCACGGGGCCCUUAACUGCUCUGAAGAAGGCAAUACAGCUGGGCCAGGGCGGAUGGUGGGUUGGACUGAAACUCACCAUCAGGAACGAGAACUUUUUGGAGCAAGUGCAGGCCACAGUUCCUGAUGGAGAGAAGCUGCUCGUUGUUUGCGGAGAGGGAUUGAGAUCCUUGCUUGCCAUAGAAGAGCUCUCAGACGGCGGAUACGAACAGCUGGCGUGGGUUAGGGGAGGUUUUAACAAUGUCAGGGACGACGCAAUCGAAAAUGUGGAAGGACCUAUGAGGCUGCGAUUUGCCACUCUCGGGGGUGUUUCUGAAUACUUGUUGAAAAUAGCUCUUUACUUUCAAAAGUUUAGUGAUCCGAGUACAAAUUCAGGGUCAGACUCUAGCUCAGAAAACAGAUGAUAUGGCAUGAUUGUGAUGUUAGUUCGAGCUUCUGUAGACUCUGCCAAAAGUCAGGUAAGUGAAGUGAUAUUCUGACUUUAUCAUAAACGUGCAGACAUUCUGAAUUUAGCAUGAGCAUGCUUCAAAACAAGCUCCGAGUUCAGCUUGAGAUAUUCUUUAUUGAAUACUCGUCGGGUGUCAAAGUAGAAUUUCCGACAUGACUAGUGUAACAGUAAUCAGAUGUUAGAGUAUGAUACUUCUUAAGUAGCUUAAAAGAUAUGUAAACAUAGCCCGAUUUAUGCUUAAGCCAUGCCGCAAUUUAAAGAAACAUUCGUCUCCUCAAUUGUCAUUGAAUCGAGAUGGUUCGCAAUUUGUAUCUGUAAACAACUACGGGUAAAAUUUCAAAGCA